AUGCAGGGAACCAGAUCUGGUGGGACCAGCAGGACCAUUGCUGCUCAGCCCCCUGGUCCUGGCCUCCACCCUUGGGACAUCGCGCUGUGCGCUACCGGGACUGCGGUGGCGGGGGAAAACGCUUUGGUGCUGGCCGUCCUCUUCUACACCCCCAGCCUGCGGGCUCCCAUGUUCCUGCUGAUCGGCAGCCUGGCCCUGGCCGAUCUCCUGGCGGGUUUGGGGCUCGUGGUGAAUUUCGCCGUGCGGUACCUCCUGCGGCCGCCCAGCGAGGCGGCGGAGUUGGGAGCGGCGGGGCUGCUCUUGGCCGCCUUCUCCGCCUCGGUCUGCAGCUUGUUGGCCAUCACGGUGGACCGGUACCUGUCCUUGUACAACGCUUUGACCUACCACAGCGAGCGCACGCUGGGCUUCACCUGCGCCAUGGUGCUGCUGAUGUGGGUGCUGUGCCUGGGCGUGGGGCUGCUGCCCAUCCUGGGCUGGAACUGCCUGAGGGACCAAAGCUCCUGCAGCAUCCUGCAGCCCGUCACCAAGGACAACGCGGCGGUGCUGGCCGUCACUUUCCUCCUCCUCUUCGCCCUCAUGCUGCAGCUCUACCUACAGAUCUGCAAAAUCGCCUUCCGGCACGCCCAGCAGAUCGCCGUGCAGCAUCAGUUCAUCGCCACGGCCCAGGCCACCUCCACCCGCAAAGGGCUCUCCACCCUCUCCUUCAUCCUCGGCACCUUCGCCCUUUGCUGGAUCCCUUUCGCCAUCUACUCCUUGGUGGCCGAUUCCACCUACCCCGUGGUCUACACCUACUCCUUGGCCCUGCCGGCCACCUGCAACUCCCUGAUCAACCCCAUCAUCUACGCCUUCAGGAACCCGGACAUCCAGAAGUCGCUGUGGUUGGCGUGCUGCGGGUGCAUCCCUUCCACCUUCUCCUCCAGACCAAGGACAUCCAGCGAUGUGUGA